AACUAUAACGAUAGAGGUAUCUUAACCAGCGAUAAUAACUGAUUAAAUGGUUGCCAUUAGUCAACGACUUGUUUCCCUGUAUGGUUUUAGACUGUCACGAUUUGUUCUGACAGUAAUGACUUUGGUCGAAGUAUCAAUUCCAAGGAGGUAAGAGGAGGCGCAGUGGGAAUGGAGGAAUUUCCUGUGAGGACUGUUGAUGUGCUGUGUCUUGGAACCAGCCUCGCUAUCUCCGGCAUCUUCUACUAUGUCUACAGAAAGAAGAAGAAGACGGUGGACAAACUCAAUGAUGCACCACAUUUGCCCUUGGAUGGAAAGCUUACGGAGCUUUUGAAUGUAACCCCAGGAAAAUGUCUGCAGUAUGUUGUCAUUGAAGGGAUAGUGCAACCAAUAGGGGAGCCUCUAAGAAGUCAGUUCCAAGAGGGAAGUGUUGGAGUGGUGCAACAACUCAUGUUGAGAGAACACAAACUGGUGUGGAACAGCUUAGCUCGCACUUGGACUGACAGUGAGCGAGUGCUGCAUCAGAGAGUGAAUGCAGUGCCCUUCAACCUGGCUGGAUCAGAUGAGGCCACUGUCCGGGUGCUCUGUCCCCUUGAGGCCUCCGGGCUGCACAUGGAGAUCAUCCAUGAGAAGUUCCACCAGGCCACCUUUGGCUUCACUGACAUCAUAGGACAGUACCUGAGUGGGGAGAAGCCUAAAGGGCAGUUGGAGACAGAGGAAAUGCUCAAGGUGGGCGCUACCGUGACAGGAGUAGGUGAGCUAAUCCUGGACACAGACCGGGCCCUGAAGCUGCGUCCUCCCACCAAUGGCUCAGAGUUCUUCCUGAGCACGGAAGACUUUGACACCCUGCGAAUGGGGCAGGAGAGUCAGGCAGCUGUGUGGCAGGUGUUGGCAUCUGUCUUUGCCGUGGCUGGGGCCGCAAUCCUCCUCUGGGUGGGGAGACGCUAUUACCGCCACCUGAGGCUGCGCUGGGAGCAGGACAGGCUGAGAAGGGAGUUCGAGAGACUAGAGGCUAGAGCCCUGAGAGCGGGAACGGGCUCAGCAGAAAGCAGGGCUUCUGAAGAUGGGGCUGAGGUACCUGUAGAAAAUGCUUGUGUGAUAUGUCUUAGCCAGCCCCGAGGCUGUGUCUUGUUGGACUGUGGGCAUGUGUGCUGCUGCUUUGGCUGCUAUCAGGCCCUCCCUCAGCCCACCUGCCCCAUAUGUAGGCAGACCAUCAAGAGAGUGGUGCCUCUGUACCAGGCCUGAGUGCAACCCCCACCCCACCCCCAAAUGGAACCUGACCACCCUGCAAAUACUAGUUCUUCUGUCAGCUUAACACUUUCAAGGUCUCAAUCCCAGUACAAAUACUGUAGAGAGGACAAAGCUAACUUUGUCUGGUUAUCUUAAAACUACCUAUCAGUAGUUUGGUGUUCUGAAGAAAGAGGUAGUUACAAAAAAUGUGAAGUUAUAAUACAUUGUGAAUAAUCUUACCUCGAUGUGUUUGUCACUGGUUCAGCUGUAGAGCUGGUAGUACCGGCUCAGGCUCAUAUACUGUAAAACUGCAAUGGAUUGCACAUCGCCAGUAACAUCUGGAUAUUUAUUACAUGGACGCACACGUUCAAUGAAAUCUCCAAAGGAAAUGUCGGAUCAGUGCCUGUGGAGAAGAUGGAGACAAAUUUGCCCGGCUUGUAGAGGAGACCAAUAACCCAAAGUUAUGGGUCUCCAUUACAAGGCCGGUAUAUUUGUCUCCAUCUUCUCCACAGGUGAGAAUCCGGGGUAAAGAAACCGACCUCUACCUGUGCAUGAAUCGCCACGGCAAGCUCGUGGGAAAGAGGGCCAGUAAUCAUGGUGCUGACUGCGUCUUCGUGGAGAAGAUUCUGGAAAACCCCUACAUAGCCCUGAUGUUGGGACGCUAUCCUGGCUGGGCUUCGCUAAACGAGGGCAUCCCCGCCGUGGCCCGCACACGCUCCCCAACCAGCAGGCUGCUCACUUCUUGAAGCGCUUCCCGCCGGGGCGGGGGGGGCCCAACUUGACCACAGCCUCCCGCUUCAUCAUUGUGAGUUAGCGGAGCAAGCGGGUGCAUGCCUCCAGACCUCGCUAGUAGCAGGUAAUGCUAACUGCCACCACCCCGUUUUCCAAAACCUUGACCUGAGCCGACUAAUGACUCACCCACUCCUCUCUGCAGUUGCACCCCGUUGAACACCUCCGUCUGCUGGAAUAACAAACACUGAAUGUGUUGGAUUCAGUGUGUUGGGUUAUUAUUAUAUAAUUACAUAUUAAUUCAAACUUGGCCGUACUAAAUUGUCCCUAGGUGUGAAUGUGUGUGUGUGUGUGUGUGUGGGCCCUGUGAUGGCCUGGCGGCCUGUCCAGGGUGCCUCCCCACCUGCCGCCCAAUGACUGCUGGGAUAGGCUCCAGCAUCCCCCGCGUCCCUGAGUGCAGGAUAAGCGGUCCGGAUAACGGAUGGGUGGAUGAAUAAGCUUUUCAAAUCAUUUAAUAUAUGUGUGUGUGAAUUCACUUAUUACUGUUUAAGUUGUUAUGUUGGUAACGUGGCAUUACUGGACAAACUAUGUCGUGAGAAAGUGUGUACAUAUAUAAAAUACAGAUAGAAGUUUAUUUUCCUACAUGUUUGAGGGCACGUGCCUUGAUAUGGUGAUUGAACUUGCAGUCGCAGAGUGGUUGCGUAUAACACAGUCGUUCUGCCCUUGUCACAAGAAGACACGUUGUUCGUACCGCUGCUUCAAAACACUAACACAACUUAGUAACAAGUCUCUGGAAGAAGUUCCUCGCCGUGGGGGGAAAGAAAUCGGAAUAAUUGGAAGUCACCGAAACAAAGACUCACUUGCAACCUUUUUUUUUUGUUGUUGUUUUUGUUUGGAAAACCAAUAACUCCAAAUUGUAAGUGGCCUCACAGGUGAUGUUGAUUUAACAUAUUGGGCGUUGCUGUAGGAGAGACGAUGUGGAAACCGUCGCGUCUGUUGAAGCGACGGGGUCAAUAAAGCAGCG